CUCGUCGGCUUAGGGACCCCCCUGUCUCGAAACGCCGACAAAAAUCAAGAUCUAUCUACUGGUAUAUAGAUUAUAGUUAAUUGAAACUUUUAUGGAUCUUAUUUAUAUUUUCUUACCAACUAUUACUCUUGAUACAUAUAUUUAUAAUUUGCACAAGACCCUGCGAAUGGUCAAGUUUACACCAAUUAUGUUGAUUAUGCCAAGUACUUUGAGUAAGUGUCAUGUCGCUAUAUACAUCUUAAUUUUAUAGUCAUAUGCUACUAGACGUACUAUUGCUAUAUUUAAAUACAUGAUAAUAAUUUUAUUACUGCAUUAUAUUGUCUUGUAUUUAUUGUGACCUCUUACCUUAUUAUAUUGUAAUGUCUUAUAAAUUAUUAUUUAUAUUAUGAUAGGUCAAAUUAUAUGGCUAGUUCUAUGCUUCAUAGUUUGAUGUAUGUUACUGUUUUAUACUCCCCCGAUGGGUAAAUGGGGACGGGGAUGGGGAAACAUUCCCCAUCCCCGUUCCCCAUACUCGUUAAACUUAUAUAUGGUGAUGUUUUCAUGUAAUAUAUAACAAUAAAAAUAAAUAAUUACAUUGUUAAUAGAUAACUCGUUGUACAAAUAUGUUUAUUUUGAUAUACACAUAAUAAGUUCUAAAUCUGACAAUGCAUAUAAGUGACAAUGUUUUGUAUUAAAAACAACGAAAGUAUGUCAUAAUUAUAAUUUAAGCGGGGACGGGGAUCUCCAAUGGGGAUUUAUCCCCGCGGGGAACGGGGAUGGGAAAGAAAUGCCCCCGCAAGAGUUCGUGGGGAUCCCCGCGGGGAAAUUUUUUUGUCGCGGGGACGGGUACAGGGAGCCAAAACCCGACGGGGAUGUCUCUGUUGCCAUCCCUAACCGUAUUGCAUAAAUAUCUACACCGUGUAGCAUAAUUGAUAUUAGUAUAUAUCAUAAAAUAUUUCUAACGAGCAUAGCUGCAUGGUUGUUAUAGAGAUCUUAUAUUUAUGGACGGAAUAAAGCAUUCAAAUCAGAUUUUUUUGUUUUCAUGCAUGCAUCGGUUAACGGAUACACUUCCUAAUUUCUCGCGAGUGCAAAUAAAAAUAAACUACGUGCAUGCAAGAAAUGGGACGCAUGCGUGAGGCGGGGGCUAGCGGUCUGGUACGGUAGUGCGGUGGGGUGGCUGGGGCUUUCUGUAUUUUAUUGGAAGGAUACGCUUUCUAAUUUCUCACGCAUGAAAAAUGAAAACAAAUUGCACGCAUGCAAAGAAUGUGACGCAUGCGGGAGGAGGCUAGGGGCCAGACUGGUCCAGUGGUGCAGGAGAGUGGCUGGAGCUUCCUAUAUCUUAUUGGAAGGAUACGCUUCCUAAUUCGUCGCGCGUGAAAAUUAAAACAAGCUAAGCGCAUACAAGGAAUGGGACGCAUGCGAGAGGGGGGCUAGCAACCAGGCUGGUCCGGUGGUGCGGGGGGUAGCUGGGGCUUUCUAUAUCUUAUUGAAAGCCCAGGGCUAUAUAUAUAUAAUGCGAUAUCUCACACCGUGUAAAUCCUUAACCCUUCCUCCUCCUACUAAUACUAGAGAAUGUUCUUGUAAAUUAUGGCCAAUACCAGGUAUAUAAGCAGUGAUUUCAAAUCCAGAGGUUAAUCGUACUUCGGCAACUUUACGUAAGGCAUAGUUGGUUUUUUGGGGGUUGAUAGUGAAAAAGUCGACAAAUAAGUCAUCCUUAGUGUCCCUCUACAGAACCGUACAUGAGAUUUUCACCUCGUACGACGGCUCCUCGUUCAAUUCUUUGGAAGGGAUCCUUUUCCUCGUUUGAGAGUCCUCGUCCUUCUUCCACUCCGUCCCGAAGACUAACUAAGACCAAUUGAGUCACAUUUUCAUGUUCUAAUUGAACACUUUCCAUUAUUUAUGACUAAAGGAGAAGAUUGUUCUUUUACCAAACAUAUGCGGAUCAAAUCACAUCUUAUAAUAAGAAGAGAUCUUUCUCGGUAUCAAUCCCUUGCCCCUCAUUCUUUGAGAAUCAGAAGGAUCUUUUUCGAGUUUCCAUUUCUUCAUUUUGAAUCUGGGCUCUUCUAUCUUCGACUUGUUUUUUGGUUUUGUUCUUUAUUUAUUCAUUUCUAUUUCCCCCUCUUCCUCUAUCCCUAUUCUCUAGCUACAACAUUUGCAUCAAUAGAGCACUUUUCCCUUUGUAUGAAUCGAUAUUAUUCCAAUUUCUUCCCGAAACUUCCCAAGAAAAACCCCGAAUUGGAUCCAAAAUUAACGGGUUAAUGUGAGCUUAUACAUGUGGUUAGGCACUCUUCAAAUAGGAAUCCAUCUUUAACUAACUAUAUAUAUAUAUAUAUAUAUAUAGGACAGGUGUAACGGGAGCCCUGGGCUUCGGAUAUUAAGGAGAGCCCAGGCCGUGGAGGGGGUCUAGUCCGCUCAGCCGUCAGCGCGUGGGUCUGAUGGAGAGGAGAUAGAGGACAUGCAGAACCAACGGCGCCGUGACGGGUGGAUUAAUGGAAAGGCGGGAAUCAUUUGGUAAUUGGCAGAAUUAUAGGAAUUAGAUUUCGCAUGCAAACGUGUGUAAUCUGAAACGUGGGCGCGGAAUUAAUGGAUCUUGCAUGGCGUUUAAUUGAGGCAGUUAAAGAUAAUAUCGAAUAAGAUGAUGAAUGGAUUGUCAUAAAAAGGUACGCUAUAAAUGUUGCAUAUAUAGUAUAUACAGAAUGGCGUAAAAUGUUGAGGCAUUGUGCGUAAGAAGUUGUAGUGUUGUUUUGUAUUGAAGUUAAACACCUACAAUAUCGGUACGGUUGCGGAAAUUAUGGAAAUACCCUGGAAACGUGGGUGCAGUUACUUGUUUAGAGUAUCAUCCGUGAUUUCCUUGCAUUCGAAAAAAAUAUCCGACUACUGGAGAACUAGUUGGCGAUGGAGAUGGCCGGCUCUGGACAAUCACCGGCGAUGGUAGGAGAUGGCGGUCAUCUUGGUCCAAACAGUGAGGGAGUUGUUGAUGGUAACUUAAUGGUUACACCGCCUCCUGCUCUACUGGGGCCUGUAAUCGACGCUUCAAGCAUAGGGAUGAAGGGCAUCAACGGAUUCGACCGCCAAUGUCCAACAUUAGCUCCAGGGAGAUGGAUACGCCUCAAAUACUGCAUUCACAUGUAAGUAUAAUUGUUUUUAUUAAUAAUUGAUUAGAUUGUUAUGAUCAUAUUCCGUGGUACAAACAACAAUGUCAAUGAAUUGCAGAAAAAAAACAUUGAUCCAAAUAUAGUGCCAACAAUAGGGAUGACUUUCAAGGAUGUUGAUGAUGCGUAUGAAUUCUAUAAAAGGUAUGCAUAUGAAGUUGGAUUUCCAUUGAAGAAAUACAGAGAGAAGACAUUCAGUAAGUGGAUAAAUUGUUCACGUGAAGGUAAAAGUGCACCAAAACCAAAUGAUACACCUAGGAUGAGGAAUAGGAAUUCGGGGCGUACGCAAUGUAAGGCCGAAAUGAAAUUAAAAAAUAUAUAUGAUGAUGAAAAAAAUGGUUGUAGCUGCAAAAAUUGAACUGGUGAAUUUAAAGCAUAACCAUGAGUUCAUAACUGACAAAGCAGAUAAACAACAUUUACGUUGCAACAAAAGUAGGGAUGCUGAGUUCAUAAAUUUUGUUGAUGCAAUGCAUGAUAGCCGAGUGCCGCAGCAUUGCAUAGUUGAUUUUAUAUCAGACAUGCAUGAUGGGCCAGAGAACGUACCGGUAACUGCUCAAGAUUUGAAAAACAUGAGGGCAGCAAGGAGACGAGAAAACUGCGCAAAUGAUGUAGCCAAACUUUUGGUUUUCUUUAUGGAAUGCAAGAAACAGAAUCCACAAUUUUUUUUGUGAUUUUUAGCUAGACAAUGAUGGGAAAAAUGUGAGUAUUUUUUGGUCACACACAAGUAUGCAGGGGGAAUAUGCAGAUUAUGGUGAUGCUAUGACAUUUGAUACAACACACAAGACAAAUAUAUAUGAUAAACCACUGGGCAUGUUUAUUGGAGCUAACAGCCAUCUGCAGUGUACAGUGUUUGGAUUUGUUUUGUUGGGAGAUUAAAUAGUUCAGACUUUUGAAUGGGCUUUCAAUUCAUUCCAAACAUGUAUGGGAUGCGAGGGUUCGAGAGUUAUGCUAACAGAUCAAGAUCCUGCAAAGCCAAUUGCUCUGAGAACUGUAUUUCCAAAAACAAUUCACAGACUAUGUUUAUGGCAUGUCCAGAACAGAUUUAUGCCAUUCUUAAAUGAAUUAUAUGCAAGGUUUGCUGAUAAGGAUUUUAAAACAACAUUCCAAUCUAUUAUACAUCAUCCAUUAACUCCUCAUAAGUUUGAAUGUGCCUUGGAAAUGAUGCUAGAGGAAUUCAAUCUUUAUGAAGAUAUGACUCUAUGCAAAUUAUAUGAAAUAAGGAAAGAAUGGAUACCAUCAUUUUUAAAAAUGACUUCUGUGGGGUAAUGGUGUCUACAAAACGAAGUGAGAGCAUGAACAGAUUAGUGAAGCAAUCACAUGUAGAUGUGAACACCCCUCUGCAUGAGUUCGCUAAACAAAUGAUGAAAAUGUUGCAUAGCAGGAAAAUGAAAGAAUCAAAGGAGGCAUUGAUGAGCAAGGGACCAAGGACAACAGAUACAUUGUAUAGGUUCGAAGUAAGAGUCUCUAGGGCAUACACCAGAGCUGUUAUGAAUAGAUUUGAGGAAUCAAUGAAAUACGUCACUGCAUACAGAAUAUUGAAGGACACAGACGAUUGUGAUAAAGAUUGGAUCGUACAACAUACAAAAAGAUCUAAUAAAAUUGUGUGGGGACAACAUCAAUUCAAGGUAACAAUGGACAUAGAAGCUGGGGAGUAUACAUGCGAGUGCAAACAGUGGGAACAUACAGGUCUAUUGUGUGUUCAUCUUUUAAGAGCUUUCAUGCAUCUACAAGUUGAAAAGAUACCUUCAAAGUAUAUAUUGCAAAGGUACACUGUCUCAUCAAGAAAAGAUAUAUCGUUUGAAAGAAUUGAUAAGAGCUUCAGGGGAAAGGAUGGAGUUACUAAAUCAUACAGACAGAAAAUGUUGCUAACGAAAACAAUGAAAGUUGUUCGCCAGGCGUGUAUGUCAAAAGUAGGGUACGACAAGGCAAUGGAUGUGUUGGAUGAGCUCGAUGGCGUUCUAUGCCGAUUAGAGCCAGGCAUUGGAUGUAAUGAGUCAUGUGAUGUUAGUGAUGAUGAGGAAAACCAGGAUGAUCAUAACACCAUGACUGGAUGUGAACAUGCGUUAGCAUUAAUAACAGCUGGUAACCAGGUGGACAACAUGAGAAUUUCACCUGAGGUUGGUGAUACAAGUUCUCCGUGUCACGUAGCACACGACCAAAUGGAACAGAUUGGUGCAUCCUCAGAAGCUAAGGAGAGGUUGAAUUUUAAUGUGGAUGUUAUAAAUCUGAGUAUGCCGGAUCGUGCAAGACCAAAAGGACGGACAAUAAAAAAUACAGAAGAUGGGAUUAUGAAACUAGGUGCCAAAGGAGAAAAAAAGAAGAAUAGGAGAUGCCAAUUGUGUGGAAUAGCAGAUGGACAUAACAGCAGAACGUGUCUGUCUGUGGAAUGAAACCUGGCCGGAUCAAGACUAAACAAUAAAACAACUGCUCCACAAUGGAAUGAAACCUCGACUGCUAAAAACAUCGUAUUGAUGAAGAAGUAGAAAAUAAAUAAACCGCUGAGCAUAUGGAAUUGGGUGAAUAAUUUGAAGUGUGACUAAAGAGAGGUUGAUGUAGUAUAAAUUUGUAAUAGCACAAUGACCUAUGUUUUAGUUGAGGAAAUUAAUAUUUUGCA